AUGGGCCUCUGUAACUACUGUCGCGCUAGUACCGAGAACGCUACGGACUCAUGUUGCUUCACGUCCAAUACCGAACAGCGAUGCGAAGGUGUCACAUUACCAGUCUUUUCAUCUAUCGCCGAUGUAUUUUCCUCGACCCGAUCCAGCCCUACCGCAUCUCCCACCAGUACCGGAGGGGCUGUUGCACCAGGCUCUGGUGGUAGUGGCCUAAGCGGCGGCGCGAUCGCAGGUAUCGUCAUCGGGUCAAUCCUAGGUUUCCUCUUGCUGCUGGGGCUGCUUGUCCUUGCAAUCUGGUUCUGGCGAAAGAAGAGAAGGGAAAGAUCUUCUGCUACUUUCCUCAACCAACCAUCACCCCAGCGCAAGGGAGCAUCCGCUGCUGGUUCUUAUCACCCCCCUCCUUCGUCUUCAGGUCAAGGCUACGAAGUUUUGCCUGGUGGUCGUGUUGCACGCAUGGCUGCACUUUCGGGGGACGACAGCAACGGAAGAGAAUAUGAUCCAUAUGGUGAUAGCCCUGGGUCUAACGAAAAGGUUGCUGGUGUUGUAGGCGGCAUAAAGAAUGACGGGUCACCCGGUAGUGCUACAAACAACGACAGCAGUAAUGAGUACUCCUCACCUGAAGGUCUUGCCAGCGGUCAAUCAGAGCAAUUACCAUUCUUCAAAGACUAUUACUCGAACGACGAUAUCCACCCUGGAGAUAAAGUGUCUGUGCUUUGGGCAUAUCAGCCUCGCGCGGGCGAUGAAUUCGAACUCGAGAGAGGUGACAUGCUCAAAGUGGUUGGCAUCUGGGACGAUGGUUGGGCAACAGGUGUGCGCAUCAACGAAAGAGCUGAAGACUAUGAUGGAAAACACAAGAUCCAAAGAGAUAGUGGCGUGUCGAAUGGCACACAAGCGAGAGAGGACUCACCACCACCACCAGACCAGUUCAGGCAGGGUCUAUGGUUGUACGACGACAAACGCGAAAACACAAAAGGCAAAUAA